AUGUUACGAGUGUGUCCAAGCAUUUGGGAAGCGAGGAAUUAUCUCAGGUUUGCUGAAAAAGGCAAUCUGUCUGAGGCCACAGUGCUGAAGCUGCAGUAUGAGGCAGUCUAUAAAGAAGACCAGAGAUACAGUGCGGGAUCUGAGAACUUAGACAACGGGGGGGGGGGGGGGGGGGGGGGGGGGGGGGGGUGGGGGGGGGGGGGGGGGGGGGGGGGGGGGGGGGGGGGGGGGGGGGGGGGGGGGGGGGGGGGGGGGGGGGUGGGGGGGGGGGGGGGGGGGGGGUGGGGGGUGGGGGGGGGGGGGGGGGGGGGGGGGGGGGGGGGGGGGGGGGGGGGGGGGGGGGGUGGGGGGGGGGGGGGGGGGGGGGGGGGGGGGGGGGGGGGGGGGGGGGGGGGGGGGGGGGGGGGGGGGGGGGGGGGGGGGGGGGGGGGGGGGGGGGGGGGGGGGGGGGGGGGGGGGGGGGGGGGGGGGGGGGGGGGGGAUGGGACAGGUUUUUAA